AUGAAGGCGAACUUUGUUUCGGUUCUCCACCACAAUACGAAAGACAAGUUUGAGGCUGUGGUAGACAAUAUUUCGUUUAACAAGGAGCAAGUACCUUGCAAAAGAGAUACAUACAUGUCGCAGAGUGACACGGGGGAACUGUCCUUGAGCCGCCUGUCAAUGGGUGAACUUGCUUUCGUGGGCUUGAAUUUGGGAAAGCAAGAAAGAAAGCAGGCGACGGCAACCCCACAGCUUUCCGAGAGCAUUUGCAUGGAUCCAGGAUUGAGCUCUGAGCGGAGGCUGGCCAACAAUGCCGGCCGGAUAGAUCGUUCUUGCAUCGAGAUCAUCACAUAG